AUGGAGGAGAAGCAGGGAUCUUCUCAUCAGUACGGUUCACUGGAGCGCACUGAAUGGAGCAGAGGCACCAACAAACCAGAGGACGACGUGGUGUCCAUGGCGGAUUCCACCAUCACCGCGGACGACAUCGAGGGGGAGCUUUUUAAGAUCGACAGGAUCAGGGACGUCCUGGUCAGGAGGGAGUCCGAGCUCAGAUACAUGAUGGACGACAUUCAGCUGUGCAAGGAGAUCACUCGUCUGAAGAAGGAGCUGCAGAAAUUAGUGUCCAUACCAGAUAAUGACAAGUCCAGCGAGGACCGGCAGAAGGAGGAAGAACUGCUGCAGCAGAUCCACAAGCUGGUCGAGACCCGGGAUUUCCUGGUGGACGAUGUGGAGUUUGAGCGGCUCAGAGAGAAAGAAGAAGAUAAAGAAAUGGCAGAUUUUCUGAACUCCAAAUUCCCAAGAAAUAUGAAGAAGAAAGGUGUUCCAACCAGACGGGCUCCAUCCAGGGCUCAGCAGGCCUCCUCUCCCUUCGCCAAGACGGGCCUCACCCUGCUGAAGGAGUGCUGUGGCUUCACAUGCUCCAUCAUGUAG